AUAAAUUAUUCGCACAUAAGGGUACGAUUAAAAGUCUUACACUAGCCGAUAAUGUUAAAGAGAAGAAAAAGAUGUAUGCACUAAUAUGUGAGACUUUAAAAUGUAAGGUCAAUCACAAAGAUAUAAUCAAUACAAUUAUGGAUAAUUCCCAAAUAUUUGAUGCUGAGAAAAAGGUUCAAUUAACGGCUGUUCACGAUCUUUUAUUUUCCCCGAAUGGAAUUAAAUCGUUAUCAAAUGGGCCUUAUAAACAAUCAAUUUUACGGCAUGAAAUAAGAUUAAGAGCAGAACUUGCCAGAAUUAAAAUUAAGUUGAGGGUUAAAAACAAUGAAGAUUUAAUAAAAUCAGAAAUUCGAGAGUUGGCUGUAAUCCCGCGAUAUCUUCGCGUAAAUACACUUAAAACGUCGGUUGAAAAGGUUAUAAAGCAUUUUCAAGCAAAAGGAUUUACUCAUGAGGAUCCUAUUGAUGAUUUGACUAACAUAUGGUACCCUAAAACAAUUCGAAAAGAUAGGCAUUUGCCUGAUCUUUUAAUAUUACCAUCAAACACGGAUCUUCAUAAAGAUGCAUUAUAUUUAUCUGGUGACAUCAUUCUACAGGAUAAAGCUUCAUGUAUUCCUGCAUUUGUUUGCUCACCAUCUUUCAAUUCGCAUGUGAUUGAUGCGUGCGCAGCGCCUGGAAAUAAAACUUCACAUCUAUCAGCCAUAAUGCAAAAUACAGGAAAAAUAUGGGCUUUUGAUUUUGUUAAACACCGAUUAAAUUUGCUUAAGAUAUUUAUACAAAAAGCUGGGUGCAAAAAUGUUGAAGCUAUUCAUGGAUCUUUUUUGGAUGUUGAUCCCUUGGAUCCAAAAUAUUCUAGUGUAUGCUAUAUCUUACUUGAUCCAUCAUGUUCCGGGUCAGGAAUCGUAAAUAGAUUAGAUUAUUUGAUUGAUGAAUCCGGCGAUGCUCAAGAACACUCGGAUCCUUCUCACAAAUUUAAGGAACAGCGUCUUGAAAAUUUAAGCGAAUUUCAAGAAGUUUAG